AUGGAGACAGCAGUGCCAAGAAUGAGGUUUCUUUUGAUGGUUCUGUUCUUUGGUUUUAUGGUAGUUAGAUUGAGAGGUGAAGCCGAAGGAAAUGCUGAUAACAGAACUGAGAAUGGAGUUGCAGUGGAUAGCAAGAGGAGGAACAAUGGUAAUGGAGGUUGGAGUGGUGGAGGUGGAGGUGGAGGUGGUGGAUAUGGAUGGGGAUGGGGUGGUGGUGGUGGAGGUGGAGGUGGAGGUGGCGGUGGCGGUGGAGGUGGAGGAGGUGGUGGUGGAUGGGGGUGGGGAGGUGGUGGGGGUGGGUACUGGGGGUGGGGGUGCAGGAAAGCCAAGAACAAGAGAAGGUACCAUAAGGAGGAGUAUGUAAUGGGGGAAUUUGCUCAGUGCAUGCUGAGAGGAAGGUGUAGAGGUAUGAGAUUGGAUUGCCCUUUACAUUGUGGAGGCCCUUGUUUCUAUGACUGCAGGUACAUGUGCAAAGCUCACUGCAAACGCUAGCCCGAUCCAUCCGCCGUACGCCAUCCUGCCUUCCGGAUUACUCUCCUUUUGUUCUACUCAAACUCUUCUUGUAAUUCUAGUUAAAGCUAGCUUUUAUCAGCAAGAACAGUGAGGGUAGAUUUGGUUUUGGGGUAGGUUUAGUGAGAAGUGCUAAAAAAGGUUGAGGUCUUUUGUUGUUUGUGUGGUAAUAGGUAGAGAUGUAAGUGGAGGUUCUUGCAAGCGCGCUUGUCUGUUUUCUUGAUGUGGUGAGAUUCUUGCAUGCAUAUGUAGUGGCAUUUUACAUGCUGCAUGGUUCUGUUACUGUGGUUGUCUGCUUUUCUGUAAAA